AUUUAGAAACAACAAAAUCUAUUAAAAUGAUUGAACAAUGAUCGCCCAUGUAUCACCACCUCCGAUUAACUCUCAUCUCACAACUUACCCAACCAUGCCCAUCCCCAUCCCAAACCCGACCCGGCUCCGCCACGUCGCCGUCAUCGGCGCCGGAGCCGGCGGUCUCGCUGCCGCGCGCGAGCUCCGACGCGAAGGCCACACCGUCGUCGUCUUUGAGCGAGAAAACAAUAUCGGCGGUACCUGGGUUUAUGACCCAAGAACCGAGUCGGAUCCUCUAGGACCCGACCCGACCCGGAACAUAGUCCACGGCAGUCUCUACGCCUCUUUGAGGACAAAUUUGCCGAGAGAAGUGAUGGGUUAUCGAGAUUACCCGUUUGUGGCAUCGACCCGACCCGGAAGGGAUCCGAGAAGGUACCCGGGUCAUAAGGAAGUGAUGGAGUAUUUGAAUGAUUAUGCUACCGAGUUUGGACUCGGUGAGUUGGUGAGAUUCGAAACUGAGGUUCUUGAAGUGGGGAUUGUAGAAAAUGGAAAGUGGAAAGUAAAAUAUGGUAAAAAUGGGAAAGUUGAUGAUGAGGUUUAUGAUGCUGUGGUUGUGUGUAAUGGGCAUUACACGGAGCCCCGGAUCGCGGAUAUACCCGGAAUUGAUUCUUGGCCGGGGAAGCAAAUUCAUAGUCACAAUUAUCGCGUUCCUGAUCCCUAUCGGAAUCAGGUUGUAAUUAUGAUAGGAAGUGCUGCAAGUGCUGUUGACAUCUCUCGUGAUGUUUCCACGGUUGCUAAAGAAGUCCAUAUAGCAUCUAGAUCAUAUAACAACGGGGCGAGCAAGUUGCCCGGCCAUAACAAUAUUUGGCUUCAUCCAAUGAUAGAAAGUGUGAGAGAAGAAGGAAGUGUCACAUUUCAAGAUGGAAGUGAAGUCCGUGCAAGCAUUAUUUUGCACUGCACUGGGUACAAGUAUCAUUUUCCUUUCCUUAAAACCAAUAACAUUGUGACUGUUGAUGACAAUCGUGUUGGGCCACUUUACAAGCACAUAUUCCCACCUACAUUAGCCCCUUGGCUAUCUUUUGUUGGCCUGCCUUGGAAGGUUGUGCCUUUUCCAUUGUUUGAAUAUCAGAGUAAGUGGAUAGCAGGUGCUUUAUCUGGCAAAUUUUCACUUCCUUCUCCGGAGGAGAUGAUGAAAGAUGUUGAAAAUUUCUACUCAUCAAUGGAAACAGCUGGCAUUCCCAAACGAUACACCCAUAACUUGGCUAGUUGUCAGUAUGAAUAUAAUGAUUGGGUUGCUGCCGAGUGCAAAUCUGCACCAUCUGAAGAAUGGAGAAAGGAAAUGUAUGUCUCGGCAUCAAAGAGCAAGAUAGUUCGACCAGAAACAUAUCGCGAUGAAUGGGAUGACGAACACUUAAUCAUGCAAGCUCAUGAAGACUUCAACAAGAACUUCAAGGUGGCAAAGAAUCUUAUUAAGGGAUGAUCAUUAUGUCAUCAAUAAACCAUUGUAUAUUGUUGUGAAUUGUACGAGGGGUGGGAUCUUCAAAUGGCCAUGACCCCAUAUAGGUUGCUGCAAAAUUUUACCCAAGAACAAGAGCUGAAGCUCUGUGUGAAACACGAAAGGCCGAAGCCUGGCUACUGUGUAACAUAACAUUAAGCUGUACCCUUAUUUCGUAUAUAUAAAAGUGUGUGUUUGUUAGAAAA